CUAUUCGUGAUCUCUUUAAAUAUGCAUGCAGUAAAACACUUAGCUGAAUUUGUGGAGCUGUUUUUCAAGUUUGGAGAGUCUAUAUUUGGAAACAAAUAACUGCAUAGUAUAUUCAGUGAAAUAGGAAGCAAUAUUCGUUGUAUGUGAAUUAGAUAACCACCAUGAUAUCGUUGCAGACAAAUGUAUCGUUGAUUUUUGUGUAUUUGCUGGUAUUAGUGUACGGAAAUGAAACUUUUACAGAAGAAUAUCGAACAACAGAGGAGGAUAUCGGAAGAGAAAUGGCGAUAUCAGCCCAUGGAAGACUACGGACGAUAAUUGACUUAGAUGACCAAAGUAUCGUUGCGAAAACGAUGUGUGUGGAUACCUUGAUAAAAGUAUCCCUGGCUUCUAUCAAGGCUGGAAAUGACUGGAAAAUUGGAGAUGUAGUUGUCGGGAGUUUAUCCCUGGGCUGCCGACUAUCGUAUACAAUGCAAGGGGAGGGGGUUUGGGGGAAAAUUAUACAUAUUCAAACGAAACGGAGAGGACUUUUGUAUCUAACGGUGGAAAAUGCAAGCCCUCUUGAUGUAUUAGAAGAGGCCGACGUAUCUGUCCACGUGAACCACAGACGAACAAAAAGAAGUAAUACAAAUUUUCUGUCGAAUAUAUUGGACAGCAUUAAUUGGGAGGAAAGAACGAAUACAACAGUACUGUUCAACCAAGAAAAACAUUUGUUCUCUCUGAUAAAAAUGGCAAACAAUCCAGAUCCGGAAGUAGAGAUAUUGAAUAAUUCGGCAAGUCAUAAUCACGACGCAGCAGGAACACAGUUCAAUUUUACAUGUAUUUCUUGCUUUGGAACAACAUAUUUGUCUUAUCACUUAUGGUCGAGCGGUCUAGCGCGCUGGUUACAUGCUGCUAGGAGAUUUGGUUCCGCAGGUCGUGAGUUCAACACCGGAGAAAUGAGAAUAAGAAGAGACCAGACCACCAACAAACCUAUUGUUAAGUCCUACCUUUCUCAGAUAGAGGGCGAAAAUUCAAAUUACUAUCGGUUUUCAAUUGAAUCCAAGAAAGAAUUGACUCUCAGAAUAGAAAAGAAAAUUAUGGAGACGGGCCCCUUUCUGCUUCAUCCGAUACAAUUAGCCACAUUUAAGAGAUUCCCUGCAAUAGAUCUGGUCAUCAACGUCCAGUCCAUGACGUAUUUGUCUGCUGAUAUAACUACCCAUUCUUCCAAAAUGAUACAGGUCGAAGACACAUUUCAGACAUCGGGGAAAUUUGUAGUAUCUAGCCAACACAGUCAGCACAGCGGAACACCAGAAAACCAUCUCUCGACGUAUGAUUGGCAGACGCAGCACAACACAAGUCAAGGACUAGAGUUCAAUGAUACGUUUUCCAUUAGCAUUAAUAUUUCUCAAGAGCUUAACAUAAAACCAUUCAUUGAAUGGAGAGAGCGAGAUAUUCGAUUUGACUUUGGAUCACCCUAUACUAUAAGGUUAGAUCAGGUUUUGGAAGUGACGUCAUCAGUUUCUGAUGUAACACUUUGUACAUCUGUGGAAUCUCUAAUAACUGGCGUGUUCUCGACAGGAAGGAAUUCAUUGGUUGUUGAUGCUUUUGGAAUUUCUAAAUGGGCAGAAGUUUCAACUUUGUCAAAGGCUCAAGUUACAAAUGCAACUUUGAAUCGACAGAAUCUAUCUACUAAAUGUCGUGCAAACUGUUUUGGAAAUCAUGAACCAAUUGUUUCGACUAUUGAUGUGUGUGGAUCAACUAGUGCAGUUGCACUACGCAAUUCGUCAACAUUUUCUUCUUUACGAAAGAUAUUCGGGGACUCCAUUUUAUUUCUGUCGGAGGAAUCCAGCGAAUCGGUGUGGUGUGGAUUUCCCGACAACCCCUGUCUGGAUUGUGCUGACUACCUUCCAGAUGACAAUGUUUGCUCUGAUAGAUACGUCACACCAAAUCUAGCGGAAGUUUUAACAAAAGUAGCCAAAUUUGUAGCAGCUGAAUGGACAGACAGAAAACUGUUGAUUCUCGAAGCUUGGGAUGAACCCACAUCAGCACAUCCAAUGGGUAGUCAUGGAAACCAGUCAUUGUUCUACACUGGAAAAGCAGCAAGAGUUGCUGUGAGCAAAAGCUCCACCACUAAAGAACACGAAUCGAACGAAAAACUAUUUCGUAUAUUUGGGGAAUUGCUUCAGUGUUCUGACGUGGAUUUUAUGGACAUGUUAACAAAAAAUUCCGUUGUUGACAUUUGUGUGUCGAAUGAUUCGCCAUCUUUAUUUACAAACCAAAACGAAAGAAGAAGAAAACGAGCCAUAAAAUCGAAUAAUAUUGUGAAACUUAACACUUGGAGAGAGGAGAAAGACAAAUAUAAGGAUCAGCUAUACAAUUUAGUGAGUGCCAAAACACCUGGAUCUACCUCGAAGGAUUACUUUGGAAGUGGAAAAUAUUAUCCAAAAGAUAAAAUGGCCACGGAUAUAUGCGGAACUGCAGACGAACAAUAUAGCAUUGAAAACCUGGAGCAAAUGCAACGAAUGAUUCAAUACCCACUAGAAAACGUUGUUUUUGAAGCAGAGGGGCCCAAAACGUCCGCUUGUGGCGCUCCAACCAGGGGAUGUAAUCAAUGUGAUAAUUACAUUGAUGUUGACAAUCCUUGGGAUUGGUGUUUGACUCGUACAAUGACAACAAGAGCUGUAACAAGGCUCCGAAGACUGGUGAAAUUGAUAGAAGAUGACAGUCGGAACAGUCUGUCUAGACAAGGAAGAUCUACCACAGAAAUGACUGAUGAAGAACUAGGUAUCUGUCGAUCAGGAGUGGUGUUGUUUCAGGAUCUUCAAACGUGUAAAGAAUUGAUGCCAGACUCAACUUUAAACAAAGAAACGAAAUGUUACAAUUGCAUCAAAGACACACGUUGUUGCUAUGGAAAUCACAGAAAUGGGAAAAUCGGGUGCCUGAAAAACGAUUGCUCUGGAGACCAGAGUACCGGGGUGUGGACCGCCAUAUCGUGUGGAGAACUUAACCCGUUUGAUGCUGGUGUAUCCAUUCCAUCAACUCCAGUCUGUAACCAAGGUGAUGAAUCAAAAACGGUUCUUUACGGAAAUGUAUGCUCAGGAGAUCCAUGUCAGUUCUUUAACGGCAAAGAGUAUCAUCUUCUGCUCAAAGUGAUUCUAAUUUUCGAAGUUUGUUCUGGGAAAUGGGACCAGCUGCAGGACAUUAUAGAUUCAGAUAUACGAAAUCUGAACAUCAGGGAGGAAAAUUUAAUGGCGGUACUGACCUCGUGUAUGGGUAGUGAUAAUGCUAUAUUGAGCAUUCACUAUCCAAGUGAUAACACAAAUGAUCCGACUAUUGGUAUUGGCUACAGUUUGCGGGAGGCUAGAGGUUCAACAGAAAAGAAAGAUUUCCUCUUAAAAACUCUUCCAAAUGUUAAUUAUGACCUUAUAAUGAAAGGUCAACAGUCAAUAACGAAAGAACAGGCACUUUUCUUGUAUGAUAGAGUUAUGAGAAGAUCUUACAUAAAAACUAUGGACAGUAAAGUUCCUUUUAAAACAUUCGUGCAUUUGGACACAGCUACGAAAAUUGCCCUCGUCAACGCAAAUUACAGGGGCGAAUUUCCAAGUACGAUUAAAACGAAAUUUAAAUUGGCUAUCACUAGUAAGCAGUGGGCAAAUGCGGUAGCAGUUUAUUUGAGCCAUUCUGAUUACAAAGGAAACAAUUGUGCAACAAGCGGUAAAGGAAGCAUCUGUAAACGAAUGAGAUGGAACGCUGAACAGUUCAGAAAACAUAUACAAAAACCAGUCAAAGUAUCCAGGCCUGACGCACCAAGAGAAAAAAGAUCAACUGGUUCAACACUCUCGGCUGUCGGAAGAUCAAUGAAAAUAUCAGUCAAUACUGGAGCAUCAUUAAGCAUUAGCAGACUGGCGAAUUUCGCCGUCAUCGCAGGAUUUGAUCACGUGACGAAAGAAUACGACCACAUCAUAGCUAGUGUGCGACCAGCCACCGGUGUGUAUUCUGUUGUGGUGAAUUAUCCAAACUUAAACAUGCAUGAAACGGACCCACCGUACACGGAAGCAGUAGAGUAUGAAAUACCAGCAAUGGCAGACUAUAGUUCAACAUACCCUCCUCUCUUAGAUGGAUUCAACACUUCUAUAAAACUUUCCAAUUGUUACAGAAUAGCUGACAUAAAAUUAAAGAAAUUCAGAUACUUUAGAUUCGAUUCAAAAUUAUUAGAAUGUCUGGAGGAUGCUAGUAGCCAAUUUGAAGGAUGUAUCAAAGUAAUACCUGGUUCUAGUUAUCGGGUGAGAUCGGAAAACAACAGAAAUAUUGAAUUGAGGCAUGCAGAAGAAAAAUGGCGAUUUUCAGUAGGCCAAGCAGUAGAAGUUAGUAAUGGAAUGUCUCUAAAACAGUUAAAGAAUCUUGGAUUGAUAAUAAUCAGAUCGUGUGUUCGAAACCUGAUCUCGAAAAGAUUAAUAUUAGGGAUUGGAGCACACUCCGAUAGACUUUAUGUAGAUAUUAGGGAGUCAACACCACAGGAGGAAUUCGUGAAAGUCUGGGAUGAUGGAUUUCCAGAACUGUAUACCUACCUAAAAGAUAUACAGGCAGGAUUCGAAAAAGGUGGGGCAUUCAUUGAACCGACAAAUAAAACAAGAGCUUGUCAAACACCACCCCUUGGAUCAAAAGCGUAUUACAUCAAAUAUUCCAAUGAAGGAUCAUGUGGAUCAGAUUCUGGAACCUCCUCUGUGUGUUCAUCAACUACUUCUGCUCGUCAGAAGGUAGCUUCAGACCUUCUUAAACGCUUGAUAGAAGUGGUAGGAAACGGGCCUCUGGAUAAAGCAUCACUCAGAGCAAAGGUCAAUCGAUGUCUGGUGACACUGUGUGGGGGGUGUAUCGGAAAAGGUAAAAUUUGGAAAGAUAAGACAAUGGCAUCGUUUGACUUCAUAACAUAUUUCUUCGAUGGCUCUUCUACUCCUUUUCCGAACCUGAGAAACACAGGGGCUUUCUACAAUACGGAGAAUCCAAAAUCAGAAGUUCACUCCUUGGCAUGUCACGAUGGAAGUGUUUGCAUCGAAAAUGUACAGCUGCAUUCUCUCCUCCAAGAAGCUUUAGCAACGAAAUAUAAACCUGAUCCUGGAAAGACGAACGAAGAACUUGUGUAUGAUCCGAUGGACAACCCGUCUCCCCUACUGGAUCUUUUGGAACAGGAGAUGGCCAUGCGAGUUUCCGGAAAUGUUUCAAUUUAUAUCGAAAGAAAUGGAGAUAUAUCAAAAUUAAACCAUAUUAUUAAGAUACUAAUGGUCUAUAAUACAAAAGUCACUAACAUUCAGUAUCAUCUGACCCAGUCUGUCAGGGAGAAUCAGGCCAUGGCUGCCAUUCAACGUAAACUUGAGAGAUGGGCCUCUUCUCUGUGUCCGGACCGAACGCGGAUAGUGGUAGCUCCAUACACGGUUCAUAAAAUAUCGCACGAUAGACAUAGGCGAAGUAUCGACAGAAGUAACGAUAGAAACCUAGCUAAACAACUGAGGAACAAUUGGGAAUUAGAAUGGUUAUCUAAAACGUGAAUUCAAUCUUGAAAAAUGAGACAAAAACUGACAACGUGAAUUUGUACAGUUAUUAAAUCGUUCGUCUCACUUCCUAAUAAUAAUAAUUCAUGUUAACAUGAAAGUAAAAGCUGAUAUACGACAGUGGUAUAUAUUUUGAUUCGUUUAUUACUUGCCUAUCAAUCGUAUUAUAAACAUUAUUAUAUUUUUGUAUUAAACAUAUAUAUUGAAGUAAAGUACUAGCUACCA